UCAGUUUCGGGGGGCGGCCCCGAGAAGCGUUUCCGGGGGCGGGAGGUACUGGCUGAGGCGGUCGCGGAGGCGACAGCUUGAACGGGCCUGGUUCCGGCCGCGGAAAGUGUCCCGGGCCGGCUAUGUGAGCGCCAGCCCUUGGCAGAGGUCAGUGUGAUUUUCAUUGGAGCAAAACUGAGGAGUGGGUGCCUUUUUCUCAUUCAUUCAUACUGCUUUUUGAUGACCAGUGCAGCUUUGCAUUAGCACUGAACAAGAUUUGUGAUGAAAUGGAGCCUGGAACAAACUCUUUUCGAGUAGAAUUUCCUGAUUUUUCCAGCACCAUUUUGCAGAAACUGAACCAGCAGCGCCAGCAAGGACAAUUAUGUGAUGUCUCCAUUGUCGUGCAAGGCCACAUCUUCCGGGCACACAAAGCUGUUCUUGCCGCCAGUUCGCCCUACUUUUGUGACCAGGUGCUCCUGAAGAACAGCAGGAGGAUUGUUUUGCCUGAUGUGAUGAACCCAAGAGUAUUUGAGAACAUUCUCCUGUCUAGUUAUACGGGACGUCUCGUAAUGCCCGCUCCAGAAAUUGUUAGUUACUUAACAGCAGCGAGCUUCCUCCAGAUGUGGCAUGUGGUAGACAAAUGCACGGAGGUUUUAGAGGGAAACCCCACAGUCCUUUGUCAAAAGCUAAAUCACAGCAGCGACCACCAGUCUCCAAGCAGCAGUAGUUACAAUGGCCUGGUAGAGAGCUUUGAGUUGGGCACUGGGAGCCACGCCGACUUUCCCAAAUCCCAAGAACUGAGGGAUGGAGAGAAUGAAGAGGAGAGCACCAAAGACGAGCUGUCAUCUCAGCUCACUGAGCAUGAAUACCUCCCCAGCAACUCGUCCACAGAGCAUGACCGGCUGAGCACUGAAAUGACAAGCCAGGACGGGGAGGAAGGGGCCAGCGACAGUGCCGAGUUCCACUACACCCGGCCCCUGUACAGCAAGCCCAGCAUAAUGGCUCACAAACGCUGGAUCCACGUGAAGCCCGAGCGCUUUGAGCAGGCCUGCGAGGGCAUGGACGUGCACGCGCCCUAUGAUGAGCACCAGGUCACGGAGUCCAUCAAUACCAUGCAGACAGAGCACGCCGUCCAGCCUUCGGGAGUGGAGGAAGACUUCCACAUCGUGGAGAAAAAAGUGGAAGCAGAGUUUGAUGAACAGGCCGAUGAAAGCAAUUACGACGAGCAGGUGGAUUUCUAUGGCUCUUCCAUGGAGGAGUUUUCUGGAGAGAGGUCGGAGGGAAAUCUGGUUGGGCACAGACAGGAGGCUGCCCUGGCAGCAGGCUACAGCGAGAAUAUUGAAAUGGUAACAGGGAUUAAAGAAGAAGCUUCCCACUUAGGAUUCUCAGCCACCGACAAGCUGUACCCUUGUCAGUGUGGGAAAAGUUUCACGCACAAGAGUCAGAGAGAUCGACACAUGAGCAUGCACCUCGGUCUUCGGCCGUAUGGCUGUGGCGUCUGUGGGAAGAAGUUCAAGAUGAAGCACCACCUCGUGGGCCACAUGAAGAUUCACACAGGCAUCAAGCCGUAUGAGUGUAAUAUCUGUGCAAAGAGAUUCAUGUGGAGGGACAGUUUCCACAGGCAUGUGACUUCUUGUACCAAGUCUUAUGAAGCUGCAAAGGCUGAACAGAAUACGACUGAGGCUAACUAAAAAUAGUAUCCGGCCCUUGAGUGGCAGGCACAAAAAUAAACGAUGGUAAUUAUGCAAAUCUGGGCACAGAUGAUGUGUGCUACUUGCUAUUAUGAGAGAAGCUUAAAAAAAAUGGGAGAUAUUUCUGAAAGACCAGUUCUAAGUAGGCCAAUUAAAAAAUCUAAUUCCUCAGAUUUGUAUGUUCCAGCCCAGGCCUGCAGUAGGUAAAGGGGGUAAGUUAGCCCACCUCCCAGCUGACCAGGUACACCUUCAGGCCUGUUGUGAUGAGGCAGGUGGACUUGGCGAUAGAGAUUCCUGCCCUUGGAACUGGACUCUGGCCAGCCCACCAGUCCCGCUUCAGGUGGUAGCAGUGUCUGAUCACUCAUUAUUACAAGGUCAUGUUGGAAUUUUAUUUUGCUCUUACUAUAGAAACUUAGGUAAUGUGGAUUUGUUUUGGUAGCUGCUUUACUGAAUGACAUGCUACUUACAUAAAAGCUACAAAUAAUGUGAUGCCUAGGAUGCAAAACUGAUUAACAGAGCUCUCGUCUGGCUUUAUUCUUUCUAAAAGGCUAUUUCAACUAAAACUAGGGAAAUGUUAAGGAGGUGACAGGCUAAAGUAUGAAGGGAUUUAUGGUACAAGUUUCAGUUUCUGUAAGAUGCCACUGUUGCAGUGUGUUUCAGACUCUUGAUAAGGCCAAGUUUUGUGUUUCAGUGCUAACACUUAGUUUGAACAGUCGGAUCUAAUUGUAAUUCUCCCAUGUGCCCGAGAUGGGUAUUUCUCAUUGGUUUGCUGUCCCGAAUCCUCUCUGUUUGUUUAUAGCGUCCACACAGUGGGACCUGCUCUGUGGCUAGGAGAUGUCUAGCCUGCUGUGACUGACCACGGUACCAUUGGCCGCUGUAGCCACUUUGCUCUAUCUUAGAUUCCGGUGCUUCCCAAAGAGGUCAGUCAGUGACCGCGGUUAGUGGGAAGGAGCCAAAAGUCACGCCUAAGAAUUGCCUGUGAAUUGCAAGAGCUAGUAGAGUGCUACAGUGACACUCCAACCCGACCGUCAGAGUGAGGAGUUGCCGAGCAGAGAGUUUCGAGCGGCAGGUCGUAUUGGAGGGGGCAGAAACUGCACAAGGAAGGAGGAGUCUUGGAAAUACUUUGGUAGGGGAGAUGUUUAUUCUCCUGGAGGGCAUGCUGAGCUAAUACUGCCAGUUCUUUUAGGAGCUCUGGAAUGUGUUUUAAAAGGAGGGAAAGGAAGAGUCCUAAUUUUAGAAAGUAGUCUACAGACUCAUGCCCCCAAAUCACAGAUAAAGCUGCAUAAAUUUGCAAGUCCACAUAGGUAUACCUACUAAAAACAAUAAGGUGAGCAGCUAUUCUGAGACCUCUCCCGCCGACCAGCCAGGUGUUGCAGGGUAAGAGCAGCACCCGCUCAGGAUGCUUUUACGCCCUGGAGUACACCUGCAGCUGUCCCCGGGGCAGGCCGGGUGCUACUCUGUGUCAUCUUUUCCACAAACUUACUGGUCUGUUACUUCCAAGUGGAAACUUUUUUUCCUGAAAAUAAAAAUAACUUUUCUUGGAUUUGGAACGAAAUUUUGUUUCGAAAGUUUGGUUUUUCUCUAAUGUGAUAGACAUUGCUGGCAAUGGCCGCUGGUCCUUAAGCUCCUGCACCAGGUGUCGACUCGUUGAAUGUUGUCUGCAAGGGGAGAGGACUGUUUCCCGGUUAGCUCUUGUAAUCACGGAGGCGAAACAGGGAUCUACUCAUGAACACUGUAUCAUUCUCGAUAUAUAAAAAAAGCACUUUGUAUUUAAAAACUUUAUUAUAAAUAUAUAUAUAUAUAUAUAUAUAUAGACUUUUUAACUUAGAAACUAGAUAUUACCUCUUGGUUGUUUCCACAUUACUAGCCUCUUCUCUUAGUGUCGAAACUUUACCCGUCGACAGCCCCUGCUCCCCGUGCCGGACAGAGCGGCUGUGCAGUCGAGCCCACCGGCUCCUCCUCUCUUUCUCAUGUUGGAAGCCAGUGGGUUUCAGAUGUGGUCCUAGCCACUGAGUGUGAGGAGAAAGUCUUUUAUGUUACUCCUAAUGUCAGUGCUAAGGCAGUGAAGCCAUUUUGUUCUGCCAAAAACUGAUGACCCUCUUCCAUGGUAUCAGCAAACCGUUUUCUGCCCGUUUGGAAGGUGUGACACCCUGUUCCCCAUUACAGAUUCUAUUCAAGUGAGCAUGGAGACGUUUGAGAAGGGUCCCGGAGGUAAAAUUAAAAUAUUGUGGGGAAAUGUUGGUCCUCCAGUCAUGCCGCAGCCAGCCAGCGCCCUUGUUGCGACGAAGCGCUCCUGUUCGUCCCCGCGUGGGGUGCGGCCCCCGGGCGGCAGUUGCGGAGGCAGCCGGCUGUGCGGGACCGUCCGUCACGCGCCGUGAGAGCAGAUGUGUCUUUUGUGGAAACCCUCAUGUGCACAGCAUCUGCCGAAUGUAGGAGUUAAGGUCUGGAGUUCUUCACAUCUGCAGUUUUAAGUUUCUCAUGGUAGUUGGGGUUUCCAUGGAAAUUGGGGUUGUCCAUUGGGUCAGCCAGGCCUUGUGAGACGCUGGGCACCUGAACUGCGGGCCGCGGCAGAGACAUGGGGAAGGGGGUUGCCUUAGUCUGGAUGUUGAAAGUGGAUGUUUAUAAACUCUGCGUGUUCAGAGUAGGAGAUUAUACUGUAUUACUACCUUUUUUCCCUGCCUGCCCUGGGGCGGAUAGUCGGUCUCCUUCGCCUCAAUACAGCUUUAGAAAAUCUGUCCUUCCAAAGUUUGGAUGGUUGUGGGUGACACUUUUCAAACAGCCUUUCAGGGAUCCUGUCAGUGGCCUGCCACCAAGGUAUUCGUCCUCUACUUUGAGUCUUAACUGUGGUUUUUCUCUACUCCCAGUGGGAAAGGGCUUCGCGGCACCACCGAUGUUAAUAUUAGAACUUAUACAAUGCCUUUAAUCCUAGAUACAGACAUUACGUCAUCCACUUGGUACAGCAGGUACCACUGUCCGAGGAAGGGCCGCGACGGCCUUUCCCAGGUACUGAGGGUACCCUCAGGUGCUCCCAGCCCCGCCUGUUGAUUCUGAUUUCAAGUCUCGCCUUCCUCCAGUCUCUUCUUCUGGCCACACCUUUCAGAGAGCCUGCCAGAAGGCUCUCGUCUGUGCCAGAGGGCUUUUGCUGAACCGAGCUGACUUCUGACUGUGUGGGAAAGCUGCUGAGUCGCAGCGGCUCCUUCCUGCAGAGGCACGCGCCUCCCCAGGCCGCUGCUGCGGAGAGGGAGCCGAGGCUGAGCUGUGCUUUCCCCCACCCCGGGGUGGGGGCGCGGGUGGGGGUUUGCUACGGUCCUCUGGUCGCUGAGGCCGCCAGGACUCCGUCACACCAAAUCCAGGCGUUUGCUUUUGAAAGGUCUCUGAUAAUUUAGGAAUGCUGGAAACUGAGCAACAUAUUACCCUCCCCCACCCCCCAGCCCUCUCUGUGCCACACUUAAUUUUGUGAUUUAGGUUGCUUUCAUGGGUGACUAACUUUGUUCAGUGAAACCAGGGUUUGUUUGAGUUUUUUCUUUGCUACUUAAUAUAUUUAAAGGUACAUGUCUCUUAUUUUAGAUCUCUACUGAUAGUACUCUAUGGGAAGAUGCUGGAACACAUUUUGCAAAUGUGACUUUUUUUUUUUUUUUUAGUUUUGCUUGAAGCCUGUGUCACAAUGUCAGUUGCUGCUGCCUUCUUUCCUUUUAUGAGGUUCCCAAUGUUUCUUCCAGAAAAUUACUUUAUUUAUGCAAGUCAGGUGACGCUUAGAUCACAAAACCAUUUGAUGAUAAACAGAUUAUCACUAGGUGCAUAUCUUAUUGAUUUUGUGAAAUGUUAUGCCUGUGUUGCAAAAGUUGAAUAGUUUUGUCUUUAUAUAUUGCUGUCUUCAGUGUACAGCAUGGUUUUACUUAAUUGAAUGUUACUGUUUAAUAUUUUCUUCUUAUAGAAGAGACCAUGCCCUUUUGUAUGACAUGUUUUAAUAAAUGUUAUCUGUCAACUUUGUAAAA